CAAGAUGUUCAGGGUACCAAGCAGACCACUUGCAAUUCGAGGAUGGCAGGUGCUGAGGUCAGUCGGCCAUCGCCUCCAACACUCCUCAGUGCCUCACCGGCCAAUUAGCAAACUCCUUAUUGCCAACCGAGGAGAAAUAGCAUGUCGAGUGGUCCGAACAGCGCGUAAAAUGGGGGUGAGGACAGUGGCUGUGUACUCCGACCCAGAUAAGGGUUCAAUGCAUGUUGAUAUGGCUGAUGAGGCUUACCACAUUGGCCCUGCUGCUUCACAAGAAUCAUACCUGCGAGGAGACAAGAUCCUAGACAUCGUAAAGCGCAGUGGAGCUCAAGCCAUUCACCCAGGCUAUGGAUUCCUCUCAGAGAACGUGGAGUUUGCUGAACGGUGUUCCAAGGAAGGGGUCAUUUUUGUUGGUCCUCCUGCUCAGGCCAUCAGAGAUAUGGGUAUUAAGAGUACAUCAAAGAUCAUAAUGUCAGAAGCCGGUGUGCCUGUAAUAGGGGGUUACCAUGGAGAGGAUCAGAGUGAUGCACGUUUGAGACAAGAAGCAGACAAGAUUGGCUUCCCUGUUAUGAUCAAGGCUGUCCGAGGAGGAGGAGGAAAGGGAAUGCGCAUUGCAAUGAAGCCCGAGGAAUUUGAGGAGCAGCUAGAAUCAGCAAGACGCGAAGCUACAAAGUCUUUUGGUGAUGACGUUAUGCUCAUUGAGAAGUUUGUAGAGCGUCCUCGUCACGUCGAGGUUCAGGUAUUUGGUGACCACCAUGGCAAUUAUGUGUAUCUGUUUGAGAGGGACUGUUCAGUUCAGCGUCGGCACCAAAAGAUUAUAGAGGAAGCUCCAGCUCCUGGGAUCAGCUGGGAGGUGCGCAAGUCUCUUGGUGAGGCUGCAGUCCGCGCAGCAAAGGCAGUGGGCUAUGUAGGAGCUGGCACUGUUGAGUUCAUCUUGGAUGCGUCGCACAAGUUCUACUUCAUGGAGAUGAACACUCGCCUUCAGGUUGAACAUCCCAUUUCAGAAAUGAUCACCAACACAGAUUUGGUUGAGUGGCAGCUAAGAGUUGCUGCAGGAGAACCACUGCCCUUGACUCAGGAGCAGAUUCAGUUAUCGGGACACAGCUUUGAAGCCAGAAUCUAUGCUGAGGACCCCAACAGUGGGUUCCUUCCAGGUGCAGGACCACUUGACCAUCUUUCAACACCACAGGCCAGCAAGCACGUGAGAAUUGAGACAGGUGUGAGGGAAGGUGAUGAAGUCUCCGUGCACUAUGACCCCAUGAUUGCAAAGCUGGUAGUUUGGGGUCACGAUCGCUCGAGCGCCCUCAACUUGCUCACCACUUGCCUCGGGGAUUAUAAUAUCGUAGGUCUAAACACCAACGUAGACUUCCUCAUGAGCCUGGCUACACAUCCAAGUUUUGUAGCAGGUGAUGUCAGCACGGACUUCAUCCCAGACCAUUACAAUGAGCUGUUUCCGGAAAGAACACCUUCGCAGCAACUGUUUUGCCAGAGUGCACUAGCAUUGAUCCUCGAAGAAGAACAGGAGGGUAUCCGUGCUGCAGCAGCAACUCAGGACCCAACUUCACCUUUCCGUCCUGGUGCAGUGCCCAGGAUUAAUCAUACAUUGUCUCGUACCUUCAGCAUCACCAGUGGAGGAGUUGAGGAAAACGUUCAGGUUGCAUACAUGGGAUCAGGCAAAUAUAAAAUGAGUGUUGGCAGCUCAAUAUUUGAAGUAAGUGGAUCAAUGCUUCAGGACAACAACGUAUGCCACUUGAAUUGUGUCAUAGAUGGAAAUGUGUCACGGUCCAGGAUCGUCAUACAGGGCAGGGACAUGUAUGUUUUUACACCGACUGGUGGAUGGAAGUUGUCAGUUCCAACACCAAAGUUUGAGAAGGAGAUGAGUUCUGCAACUGGUGCGACAGGCGGAGCUAUUGCCCCCAUGCCGGGCGUCAUUGAGAAGGUGUUUGUAACGCCUGGACAGACUGUGGCCGCCGGUGAUCCUCUGGUGGUUAUGAUUGCUAUGAAGAUGGAGUAUGUGAUCAAGGCAGCAGGCCCUGGUGUAGUGGAGAAAGUCCUCUUCGGCCAGGGUGACAAUGUGGCCAAGAACACGCCCCUCAUUAAGAUGAAGGAAACAGAAGCAGAGUGAAGUGGACAUUCACCUCAAACUCCAGCAACACAACACAAAUAUGGAUUUUCUUUUUUUUUUUUUUUUUUUUUUUUUACAAGAG